UUGGGGCUUAUACUCACGAACCAUGAGAUCAUGACCUCAGCCAAAGUUGGACGCUUAAUCGACUAAGCCACCCAGGUGCCCCACGAGGACAACAUUUUAAGCCCACCUCAGCAUAGCUUUGCGAAUCUCCCUGCCAUCAAAUGCCCAACAAUCCUUACGGUGGAAAGGUCGGCCUUUUCACGGCCAUGGCAAUGUUCACCGUGCACCGGGACCACAGAACCCCAGGCAGCAGCAACAAGAUGAAACCCCUCCACACCAUUCCUGUUUGCCUUCCAAAAGCAUGCUGUGUCUAAAUCUCCCUUGUCUAUCCAGACUGAGGCAGAUGAACCCCGGAGGGUUUGUUUCCUUUUUUGUUUUGAGGUCUGUGCUCAAAUGUCGCCUUAUCGCCAUGGGUUCCUCGGAAGGAUCUCUCUCAGAAGAUGCCCUCCCCUCUCCCCCGGGGCUCACCACUUCCUCAUCUGAUUUUCUAUCAGAGUUUAGCAAAAUUUUCCUUAAAGGGCCAGGGCCAGUAUUUGCAGCCAUAGUGUCUCCGCAUACGGUUUUUCAACUCUUACUGUAGCACAGAAGCAGCCGUAGGCCACGACCGGAUGGGUAAGUCAGACUCGUACACAAAGUGGUUGGCCGGAUUUGGCCACAUGCCCACAUUCCGGACCCCUGUUCUAGACGAAGGCGACUACGGAUCAUCUCGGGUCCUGUCCUUUCCCGUUACGGAGUUGCAAGCUUCGUGAGAGAAGCCACACGCUUUUGUUCCCUGGAUCUUCAAUGCCAAGAGCGACUGGCAUCGACCCCAAUGUUCACGGGAUGACAGAAAUCCGUACUUGCAAUACCUUCUGGUCCUACCGCGUCUGUUUUCCUCCACCAGUGGAGGAGGUGCUCCUUCUGCUCCGUCUGUCCCCUCAGGAUGCUUCCCUUGUAUUUACUCCAACUAGACUCCACCCUCCUCUAGAGCAGAGGUGGGUCUCUUCCAUUCUGGAAGCCCCGGGCGCAUCAGAACACUUAACCGAACACACUCUAUAGAUCUGCACGGAAAGAAGAAAUCGGUCACCACAAGAAGAUGGGGGGGAGGAUCCAGAGUACCAGCUCCAAGUGAAGGAAUCCGUGACCGUGCAGGAGGGUCUGUGUGUCCAUGUGCCCUGUUCCUUCUCCUACCCCUGGAAGCCGGGGUAUUCCCGGACGAUGCUCUACAUAUACUGGUUCCGGGAUAGGGACACCUCAAGCAACCGUUAUCUGGUGGCUACAAACAACCCACAGAGAGCAGUGAGGACAGAGGCCCGGGGCCGAUUCCGCCUCGUCGGGGACCCCUGGGCCAAGAACUGCUCCCUGAGAAUCAGAGACGCCAUGAGGAGUGACGAGGGAGUCUACUUUUUCCGAGUGGAGAAAGGAGAAGGCGUGAAAUAUACUUACACACAUACGACGAUGACUCUGCGGGUGGCAGCCCUGACACAGGAACCCGACAUCCACUUCCCGGAGCCCCUCAAGUCUGGCUGGCCCGCAGAGCUGACCUGCAGCCUGCCGGGGUCCUGCGAAGGGGGAAGACCUCUCACAUUCUCCUGGGUGGGGGCUGCUCUGGACUCGCUGGACCCCGAGACCCUGCACUCCUCAGUGCUGGCCUUCACCCCGAGGCUGCAGGACCAUGGCACCAACCUCACCUGUCAGGUGAAACUGUCAGAAGUUCAGGCCACCGUGGAAAGAACCAUCUGGCUCAGUGUCUCCUAUGCCCCCCACAACCUCACCAUCAGCAUCGUCAGCAAUGUCACAGCCCUCAGCAUUCUGGAAAACACCUCAUCCGUUCUCAUCUGGGAGGGCCAAGCUUUGCGGCUGCUCUGUGCUGCUGCCAGCAACCCCCCCGCCGAGCUGAGCUGGUUCCGGGGGUCCCCUGCCCUGAAUGCCACCCCCAUGUACAGGACCCACAUCCUGGAACUGCCUCAAGUCGGGGCUGCGGAGGAAGGAGUCCUCACCUGCCGAGCUCAGAACUCGCUGGGCUCCCAGCACGUCUCCCUGCGUCUCUCUGUGGUCUGCCCCCCGCGGCUGCUCGGCCCCUCCUGCUCCUGGCAGGGCGAGGCGCUGCGCUGCACCUGCUCCGCCCGAGCCCGGCCGGCCCCCACCCUGCGUUGGCGGCUGGGGGAGGGGCUGCUGGAGGGGAACCACAGCGACGCCUCCUUGACCGUCACCUCCAGCUCCGAGGGGCCCUGGGCCAACAGCUCCCUGAGCCUCAGGAGGCCGCUGGGUUCCGACCUCAGACUCGGCUGCGAGGCCCGGAAUGAGCACGGGGCCCAGAGCACCGCCGCGGUCCUGGUGUUGCUGCCAGGGAAGUCGCUGUCCCUGGCAGAAGCUGCGACUGCAGCUGUGGGAGGCGCCGGAGCCAUGGCUCUGCUGUGCCUGUGUCUGUGUCUCCUCGUCUUCUGGGUGGUGAAAGCCCGCAGGAAGCAAGCGUCUAGGAGUCAAGAGGGCAUGGCUAAUGAAGACCCUGUCAUGGGUACAGUCGACUGGGGUUCCAGGAAGAAGCCCUGGCCAGACAGCCCUCCAGAUCAAACGACCCCUGCCGGGGAUGCCCCUCCCUCGGGGGAGCAGCAGGAGCUCCAUUACGCCUCCUUCAGCUUUCACGGGAUAAAGAUGAGGGAACCUCAGGACCAGGAGGCCACCAGCACCAGUGAGUACUCGGAGAUCAGGACGAGCAAGUGAGGGCCGCCUGGAGCCAGGAAUCCCAGCCCCUGCGGGGAGAGGAGAAGUCAGGCGCCAACUGAUGAAGUGCGUGGAGCCCUGUGGCGAUAUAAAGGAGCAGGACUGUCCGGGUGUCCCCGGGUAGAGCAGAUUUGGGCUCAAACGUAGCCUGUCAAGCAAGGUGCUUCAUCUCUGCGUGCUUCAGUGUCCCGUUCCGUAAAUCAGAGAUCAUGCCUUCUGCCUCAAAGGUGGUUGUGCACAGUAAAGAAAUUAACACAGAGAAAUCAGCCAACAGAGGUCCUAUCGCACCAUGGGGCUCAGUGCCUACUGAUCUGUCUUCUUUGGACAGAAAGGUCCUGCUGGAAAGUGACCCUGGGGCUGAGGGUGACCGCCCCGGCACACAGUAGCAACCGGCUGGUGUCAUUCUCCUUCAAAGCCUCCCCAGGGAAAGACCAGCCCCUCAGCCUGGAUUUUGGUUUCACGAUACAGCAUCUUAUCAUCUCUGUGGGGUCUUCUCUGCGUCCCACUUGUAUCUGUCCAUUCUUCCAGCACAUUCCAUCACCUCCUGACCUCCAGUCCCUUCCCUGUCUCAUUUAUGGGCCCCCACAGGGAUCCGUCCAACAGCCAGAGAGCUGACCCUGAGUCUCCUCCACAAACCCAUUCAAGGCUCCCUAGGCUUAGACAAUACAUCACAAACAUCUGCCCCCACCCCUGGCAUUUGAAGUCCACCAACCCCCCCCACCCCCUGCUAUCUACUGUUGGAAAAGAAACAAUGGGCCCCGAGUGGAGGCACUUGCCCCCACAACAGCAAACCCAAGACUCACUGUGAUUUCAACCUCUCCCAGAAAUGUGACCUUUAAACAGUCGGUCUGAAAUUUCCUGAUCAGCACUGGUGAGGUCACCUGCAGGGUAAGAUCUUCCCCCAAAAAGAUGGCCCAAUCUGGGGGGAAAAAUCCUUCCUUUGUUUUGAGAAUACUUCCUCAUGCCACCCUCCUGCCUUUAAACACCUUCUGCUACUUACAACUCCUCAGGGCACCCAUCUCCUUACCGGAAGGGACACUGCCAAACUCAUGAGCCUUUGAAUAGAGCCAAUUACAUGCCCAGAUUUC